AUGACUGAUGUCUAUGGAUAUGAUAGAUGUAUUCAGCAGUCUUAUCAAAUGUUAUCGACUCAAGACUCAAACCGAAGCCCACGGCACACACAAUCCGGCGUAGGCUAUGCGAGAGGUAAGAACACCAUCGACUUGUAGCAGAGAUUAGGAAGGUAUCAUCAAGACGUUCUUUUCAUAUGUUAUGAUUAUGCAACAAGCUGAGCAAUGUCAAAGAUAAUUGAAUGCUGGGCUAAGUAAACACAGCUGAACUUUAAUCCGGACAAUCGGAUUGCGCGUGCUACUGCCGCUGAUUCUCGGGCGAUGUAAUUUUCGCGAUCAAAGACACUAGUAAAACUUAAAAUUGACAAAAAAAUGAUACUGUGAAAAUAAGCGACGGGUUUCAUUUAGGUAUAAAACCUAAACUGGAAUCCUGAAAUGAGCAGUAAAGUGUACCUCCUUCAUUUGCAUCUCAGUAGUCCAAUAGGUGCUUUUGUAUGUUUUUAAAUGGAUACAAAAGACGUUUAGUAAAUUCUGAUCAGCCACUCAGUGUAUUUUUUUGCCGAUUUUGUUGCGUACGAACACUUCAUUUUAUUUCAAUUUUUUUUGUGUUCCCGUAAAUUAUGGUUAAGGAAAACUAAAAUGGAACAGUGGGAAUCAGCAUGAAAUUUCAUUUGUAUUCAUCACGAAUACAAAUCAUAAAGUUCCUCGAGGCAAUUAUAUUUAUGUUCCUUUGUAGUCUCGCAAAAUUAAUUCAGCUAAAACAAACUUGUCUAGUAUUAGUUAUACGGUGAGUCAUUCUGGUUUGCAUUGUAUUCAUCUAUUGGCAGAGCUUUACUAAGAGAUAAGUAAACCGAGCGAACUAAAAGUAACCCUAUAUGUGAGAUAUCUUUAAAAUACGACCAUGACGACUCCUUUUGAUAAAAAGCCAACUCAAACGAUCACGUCACCGGUUUCAUAAACAAAACAAUUACCACGAGAAAAAAAAAAGAAAGAGCCGAAGUAAUUAUAAAGUUUCGUAUCACAUACCCAGACCUACUUAAAGCAGCAUUCGUUUGAGAGGAAACACAAGCUAUCUAUUCUAAAUUCUGGUAAUAUUAUAAUCUUCUAGGACCUUUAUUAGUCAUAGAAUCUUUUCAUUUUAAUUAUCUUUUCUCAUCUCUAUUCAUAUCUUUGACAAUCAUUUACAUUCUUUUGGAGCAAAUUCUGUACUGAUCAAUGAAAAAACGUUCUUUAAUCUAGCAAUACCUUUAACACCACCACCCCAAAAUUCGAGUUUCAUUCUAAAUUACAGUGAAAAGAGAAUGGAAAAACUAUUAAUAGGCGGAUAACCUUUAAUCGUUACAUACACACACCAAAAAUUACGUGAGCAAAUGAAUAUAAAUAUACGGCUAAUGAACUGAUAAACGGGAUAAUUUUCUGAAGAAACUGUGGAGUUGCGUCGGUUGGGGAGUAUAACAUGAUAAUUUGUUUUUACUCAACUGAGUUGAUAAUGUAAAUUGGCUACCAUAAAGAGUUUCUAAAGCUGAUGCCUCGAGCGUUAGCUCAUCGUCAGAUCGAAUGGAGUAAUAGACAUGUCUAAGUUAAGUGACAUUAGGUAACGAAAAGUGCUAAUAAUGUGUGCCAAAAAAAUUAGCGGUAAAAUGAACAAUGCAUGAUUAUCACUAACUUCGUCAAUGUGCUAUUUACAAUUACAGAUGAACCCCCAUAACUCGAAUUGCCAAGGGAAAUUGAAAUUACCUCGAGUAAUCUGGGUUUCGAGUUAAAGGGGUUUUGAACAAAAAGGCCAGAAACACUUGAUUAAAGGAGUUUUCUGCUUACACAUUGCAUAGUAACAUUUCUAGCGAUUUAAGAGCAUAAAAACGACAAAACAAAACAAAACAAAAGCAAGAAAACCACGAAUAAAUGAGAUUAAGUGUAAUCUUUUGGUGCAAAAUGUUAUGGCUUAUUAGUCUGCAAAAGUGAAAAUCGACUUUGAGUUAUUGAGGGUAAAAUUACAAAGAAAAUUAUCUAAAGUUAAGUAAAAUUCGCUUCGAGUCAGCGGGGUUUCGAGUUAUCGGGGCAUCGAGUCAUAGGGGUUAAAAUUACAGUAAAUUUAGGAGGCAAAUCCAAGGGAAAUCAGUUUUGCUUUGAGUUAGUAGGGAAUUCGAGUUACCGAGGGUUCGAGUUUUCGGGGUUCAACUGCAACACCACGAAUAUAGCAGUUACCUUGUAGAGCCAAACAAGAAAGGAGAUCUAUCACUCCUUAGUAGAAGAAACUUUCCUCUUUCUUCAAAGGACGGAUCAGUGAAAUUUUUUUUGCAGACAUGGCGACUUGAAUUUUUAGUUCAUUUAUCACCACAUAAUUUAAGGCGCGCUGAUCGGAUAGCUCGAAAGUGAGUAGCUAAGUAUAAUCAAUCACCGAGAAGACAGAGAGAAGCGAAAUGGCCUCUCAUUUUGGAAAAUUUUAACAAUAAUCAAGAACAGAAAAAUGGAAAAUCAAGUGCACUUUGGUUGCACAGUAUUUAGUGACAGGUUUUCGUUGAUCUUUUUUUUAAUCUUUUGAUAAUUGUGUUUGAAAUUCUAACCUGGAAUUUUAGGACGAAAUAUUAAAAUUUGUAACAAAUCAAAAUAUGUAAUGUAGGGUAGCACCAUAUUUAAGAUGUAAACAAUGAAACAUCGAAUGUAUUGCAGCAUAGUUUCAGCAACAAAAGUUUUAUUUGCCCACAAGAAAGUGUAGCGGUACUCUCUGCUCAUGGCAGUUAAUAUCCACUGCUACGUGCGCAAGGCCUUAAAAUUUGUGAGUAUUUGACACAAAUAGAGCAUUUUCGGUCGGGUAGUUAUUCAGCUUGUUUGCCAUAAACUAGGACGCUUAUUCUCCUCAGUGUCGAUGAAAUUGAAGCACAAUUACCUCUAUUUUCAGGGAAUAAGUUUUUGUUAUUGUCACAGGAGAACGUGUGACGGUUUUUUAAAGAUACCUAAAGCUUAGACCGUGAGGAAUUAACACGAAAUUACAUACUUACGACGCUGCGAAAUGACAGUGGUGGGAAUUGUGAUAAAGAUUUAUAAAACUACUCUUUUAAAAAUCGUGCAGUUACUUCUACACGUAGACUUUCCUACGACAAUUGCAUUAACUCUUUCAAUCCUUAAGUCUCUUUCUUCUUAUUGUCUGUCAUAAAAUUCUUAAGAUGUUAUUUCACUGAGUUUAGUUUUAAAUCAACUAAUAAUCCCCUACUUGAUCUUUCUCUUUAUUUUCAUCUCUUUUCUACUUGAUAUUGAAUUGGCAUUGUUAGGAGAAAUUCUGUUUUGGUCACUCGAGGGAGUUAAAGGAUUAAUGACUUUUAUAGACAACACAAUUACUAUUGUGCAGUUGGAUCAGCAGGGAAAUCUCAGAGGCACGUAAAAUCACGAAGCAGUCACUAUAGAUCUAUCUGUAGUUAAAAGCAGAAUGAGAAAUUGGAAUUUCGAAUAUAAGAGCUCUCUGGUACUUUUGAUUUAGCUUAAACCUUUGCGUAUUUUAUGAUAACACUGCCGUACUUUUAAAGGAAUAAAUUGAAUGAAGAUGAAAAUGAAAUGAAAUAUUAAUUAAUCCUAUUUCGUCCAGACAAUAAAAUGCUAAAACUACACUGGGGCAGCUCAGAAAGCAAAGUUUCACCACUAGGUCAGAUUGUAGUUGAUAAAUUGUUUUUAAAAUGAUCAGAAAAAUAUAAAAAUUUGUGACCUUAAUGGGUUCAAAGCAUAUAUAUUGGAUGACCGCUUUUAUUCAAGUUGCUUUCAAGUUUUCGAAAAUAUUUAAUUCUUGUUUUAAUUAGGAUCUUCCGUUGUUAUUCAUGUUUUUAUCAAUUCAACGAAAAUGUUAUCCUGCAUGUAAGGAUAUACUUAAACAUCAUGGAAAUUCUGGGACGUGACCGCCUCAUCAAGUUCAUUAUGCAUAUAAAUAUUUUGCAGCAGUUGAUAUAAUAGAGACCUCAUACUAGGCAGGUAUCAUUUGACCCCAGUGAACGUCUAAUUAGUUGAAAAAUAAAAAAAGCUAAAUAAACUUUUAAAAAAAAAUGAAAAAGCAAAAGAACAAUUUCCAUUAUAUACUUGUAUAUGGAUAGAAAUUGAAUAGACAAAACUUUAUGCAACGGUUUGUGUGAGUAUGAGAGAGCGACGUUUUGUGGAAUAUUAUUAGUGUAAUCUGUAAGGUUUCACAUUACUACAAUACACUAUUUGACUGGAGAGAUUUUUCUUUUCUGACUAUUGAUUUAAAGAGUUAGGUGCAAGUAAAGCGUCUCAUUAUAUAUAUCUGACAUUUAAGAACUUCGGAUCAAAGUGACACUUAAAGUUUAGUCAGUGUGAAAUAGUAUCAUUUUGCCGGAGAGAAAAAAAAAUUUCCAGAUCCUGACCAAGCAGAGCCGUGAAGGUAAUUAAAGUAGCACAAAUGUUUUCACAGCUGUGCGUAGGUCGGGAAAAUUACCAAAAGAGUUUGCAUGACUAGGUGUUUUUGAAAAAUAAUUUUCUGAUAUUUAGAUUUUGGACAAACACAUGUAAUUAUUUGUCGUUUUCAAUUGCAGUUAAAAUGAGAAUAUUUUAACCAAUCACUGACCGCGAAAUUUAUAUUGAAAGGGUAAAUAGAUUCUUUUAAUUUAUCCGUUGGCCUUUUAAAGCAAUUAAAGUUGAUACUUUAUGUGACCAAACAGCUGGUUGUGUUUUAUUUUGUAAUCAACUUUGUCUUCAUCGAUGGUCGACCUAGUUAAAACUGAUUAAGAUGGCGGUGUUUUGUCUUCAAACAAAUCCAAGAUCAUUAAAAAUGGAAGCGUUUACUCAUCUGAUCAACCACUACCUUCUCAUCGAAAAGAGAGCAAGGAAAAUUAACGAGGGAAAGAAUUUGAUUCCAAGAGGGGAAACAUUAUUAGGUGACGCACAGGUGUGCGUGGUGUUGAUAUUGCAAACAGGACCGUUAAAUUUCCACCUGUCUGACAAUAUUAAGACAAUAAUCCUGUAACCCAGUGUUCUCUGCUGAACAUAAUCCAUAUUGAAUGUCACUUCGCUGUGAAAAGCUUUUUGUGUGAUGCUUUUCUCUGCUAAGUCUUUGAUAAUCACUCAAAUGAGUGCAGACUCUAAUUUAUGGACGAAGCAUAAUCACAAGGCAUUUUGAUUUGUCCCUUAGUCUCUCUCGAACAUUUUAACGAGUACUCAGUGCACGAUCAAUUUGUAGUGAAAAUAAUGUGGGAUAAUGACAGCUGCGAUUGACUGAUGAUAUAGUUUUGUUUAUUCACUCAGCUGUAGAGGUCUUUUAGAUAAGGAGUUUAAAGAGUCUAUCCCUGGGAUAAUUACGUGCUUUUUGCUAUUAAACAAGAAAUGUAAAUUAGGUGUGUAGUGGUCGAGUAAUGAAGACAUGAUUACUCGUUAAGACAUCGGCUUUGGCAGAAGGCGGAAAAAAGUGUCCUUCCCAAUGGAGGAAAUUCCAUCUGCAUGGAAGAAUGGUAAUUACGCGUGUUUCGUCUGAAAUAAUUUCAUAUCGCGCAACGUGAUUGACAGAAUUACCUUCAUUCAGUUAAAGCGCUAUUGUCCCCAUUAAAAUUUAGCAGUUCAGUCGAGCUGCUUAGCGUGACAGAACCGGAAUAGUAUUUAAUCUUUCUGUUGCUGUGUACUCCAUCUAGUUUAAAAUUUACAUCUGUCGUGUUUAGGCUCAGCCUUAAAAGUUUAUGGGGUAGCACCACUGACUUGAGAAUCUCUGGAAGAGUUAUGUGAUGAAAAUAUGGCGGACUAAAGAUGGACUGAACUCCUUUCUUGAACGUUUAUUUAACAUGGAAUGCUUUUUUAUUAUUAUUAUUUUUGGAGCUUAAUUGAUUAUACUUGAUCCUUGGAAUAUUAAAAUGCCUACGUGAACAGACAGUACAAUUUCAAAUCAAUUAAGUCUUAAGUUUUUUUUCUCCUUUACUUCUUUAUCUGUUUAGUUUGAGUUUGCAUUUAGAUUGAGAAACAUUCGCGUGAACGCAGAAAAACGCUUUCGUAAUAAAGCAAACUAUCUGAAAUGAAAAUUAGCAACAGUAUAUUAUCAAACUUGUUUGAGAAAACAUGUCUAUGGUUGCCUUUAUUUAGAUAGAGAACGAUGAAUGCGAUGUGUAGAGCUGUGCGCAUUUCAACCUUUUCGAGAUCGACGAUACAAUGCAUCUGUUUUACGAUAUCAUUUUGCUGAUAUAUCAAGCGUUACUUAACACGAUUAAAUACCUAAAUAACCUUUGUUUGAGGAAAGGGUUCAAAUAAUGUUAGAACUAAAGCUAACUGAAAAUGCAUUUAAUCAGUGUAACGUAAAUGAUUAAAUACGGAAACCCACUACAAGUUCCUAGUGUAGUGUUCGCCUCUCCCCAAUGACAAACUCAUGAUGUUUCUGAUCGAAGUUUCUGUAGCACUGUGCACUUACCCAUAAACGUAAUUAGAAAUAGCGCACGGUCUAAGCUGUGAAGAUUUAAAGAAGAUAGCAAAAAAUUAAAUCAUUUGGUUUCAUCCACUAAGUUGGUAAUGUAAAUUGGCCACUAUUGAGAGUUUUUACAGUUUACAGUUGGAGUGUUCGCCCUUCGCCAGAGUGAAUGAUCGAUGUGGGGCUAACGCUUGACACGUCAGCCUUAGAGACUCUCUACGGAGGCCAAUUUACAUUGUCAAUUCCUCCGAUCAAGCCAAAUCACGCAGCACCACAGUUUCUUUGGAAACUUACCCUCUUUGUUCACUUGAAAAGAAAUUACCUACUAAAUGUACGUGUCUGCAAAUGUCUUUUUUUAUUUUUUUGCAGGCCGCAUUCAACAACCUGUUCCAAGAAUGCAUUUUCCUCAUCUCUCCUCUACUGGAGGACUCGCCUGCGGCUCGUCACCAUUUAAUGAUGAUCUCUCACCGGUGGCCAAUUCAUCUUUCCACCCACACUGUAUGCCAGGCAGCCCUCAUCGUCCUUACUUACAUAGUGCCCUCAGUGAUACUAGCUGGCCCGUUGUGCAACCAGUCUUCAUGCCAGUGGAUACAAACCAAAUUCGUUUUCAAAGUAGAUGCCACCACCAUCCAUCGCCUUGCCAUAUGAGCGUGUGUAGUUGCUGUGAUCUUCUCAGCCCGUAUGGCUGCUCUGCUUUCGCUAAACGAUCACGCCUCGAAGGAGGAAGGCAGCUUAUUCCGAUCGAGACUGGAGUUCCAAGUCGUGUGAUAAAUGUGAGAGCACAAAACUCGCACGUGGACCCAAAAUUGCCAUUGAGAUCUCCACAGACACGCAGACCCCCAGACUCUCCUCCACCUCUCGUGAAAAUUUCUCCGACUAUCAUCCAUAAGAAGACACCAGGGACACAUUCGAUACCUGAAACACGAAAAACAUUGCACUCGAGAGGUUCUUCAGUUAUUGCAACCAGAAAUGUCGAAUCAGUCCAAAGACACGACAGCCUCAAAGAUAGAAUUAAUAGUUCUGGGGCGUACUCUAUUGCGUUAAGAGAUUUUUCAUCCACAUUGCGUAAAAUUGGUCCGCAUAGCCUCCCUAAGAAUUACUCUAAGCUUUCAAAAUUUGACACAGAGAGUGUUCCGGAGUCAAAAAGCAAGACGAAUCGUAAGAAAUUCAAGAAAGAUGAGGUUGAAUGUGAGCAAUGCCAUACUUCGGCGCAUCAUGAAAACCCGAAGGAGGAAUUCGUGCCACCACACCAGGCAGAAAUAGAUUACAUUGAAAAUCAUGAUAGGUGUUUUGGACUCAAGAUGGGGUCAAACGAAACUAUAAAGCACUUUCUUUCUACUAAAGUUGGCGAGGACACCCAAGACUUCAAUCAAACACGAAAUGAAGAACUACAACAGAACUAUAGAAAACGAUCGCUUGCAAAACACCGUGAGCAAUUUUAUGUUGCAUGUGAGUGCUCCCAAACCUAUCAACCUUAUCGUUAUGAUGGGAAUUUAGAACGAAAUCAACUUGUUCAACGUAUACCAGUGAAAACGACGCGGCGGAAAUCUGUAAUUCGUCAUCACCAAACCACCAUUUCAACCUCCUCAGAUCAAAAGGAAGAACCCCAAGUCAACGCAACAAGGAAAUGUUAUUGCUAUGAAAGCAGCAAUCCAGAAAAUCAAGAGUUCAAGGAGCGCCCAGUUGUUUCACCCACGGAGCGACUGAUAUGCAACACAGAGUUUUCCAACCAUUUAGAAUGCGAUCAAAAGUUUAUAACUAAGGCUGUGAAUAAAAUUGGUCGAUGCUACCCCAUAUCAAGAGAAGACAGCCAUCAGAAGUUCGACGAUGCCUCCAUCAAGUCGGAAGCUUUAUACUCGAGAUUGCCCGAAUCAAACGUUCCGCAAUUACGUCGUGGGAGACCUCGAACUCGAGGUAUUAAGGAUAAAGGUCCCAUCUACGAUGGAAGUCUGACUUUCGGUACUUUCAACAAUCAGUCUCGUCUGAAAGUAAUCACAUCGGGUGAUAUACCUAAGUUAAAUCGCAACCGAGAAGAUCCGUAUGAUGAAGUGUUUUAUGAACCAUCCUGUGCUGACAUGAAUAACAAUGACACAGUCGCGCCAGACGACAGCCGAUAUCGAUCAGCUGCGUCUGAAAAUCACUCAAACACGAACACUAGACUUCUAAUAAAUGGACACCAAACAAGAAAGAAAUUUACAUUUCUGGGUCAGACUAAGCAAGAAAUGUACGCCAAGGAACCUCUGGAUGGAAACACAAAUGCCAAGAUCGCAUCUUCUCGUGACUACAGCAACGACUAUGGUCCACAGCGGAGAGGCUCACUGACGCAUUAUCACGAGGCAUCCGGAGACAACUGUCAGAAAUCCCCGUCUGCCUUAAAUGACCAGACUUCUUACGUCAGUGUCUCACGUCCAGGGAUAAAAAGAAGUCCAUCUACACCUUGCUAUGGUUCUUCAAGGUUUGUUAUGAGUCUUAAUGAUUUACUGAAACGCAGGACGAAAUCAGCAGAAGAACUUUAUCGAACAAAGAGUUUCCCGUUCUAUAGUAAACAGAGGCAAGAUAAGCUACAAUUUGAAAAUAGUCCAAAUGAAGCCCACAAUUCACAUAGCAAAGAAGAAAUCGAAGAGGUAGCCAAGGCAAACGGCAGGUGGGGCUCCAAAGCUCCUGAAAAAAAUCGAAGCGCAGAAAACUUUCACUGCUCUGUGGACCAAAGUGACGUGAUGGAAUUUGGAAAGAAGGGACCAAAAGCUCUGCAUACAAUUGGAACAAAAGAAGAAACGAGACUGUCAUCGACUAUUAGAUUACCCACGACCAAACGGGAGCAAGUCAGGUGCCAUGAUUUUAAAGCUAAAGCAACCAAUAGCCAAGAAAACAAAGUUUCCAUUGAUUUAGGAAAGAGGUGUCAAUCUCCAGACAGUUCUAUGUUACCAACGGAUUGUCCUAUGUCAGAAGCAGUACCACCUCCACCCGCUGAAGAGGAAACUAACGGCAUGAACGAAAGUUGCGGUGGUUAUGCAAUAGACCAUAGUUUUCUUCCCAAAAUUGUGGCCGUACAUUCUAUUGCCAAUCGAGAUGAUACGCCUCGGAAAAGCGAUCCCAAGAUAUUCUCUGAGAACAAUAAGAAAUAUUGGAACGAUCUUCUUAAGAAACUCACCUUUGAGAUAAGCAAUGGUUAUGAAGACACUCAGUCACUAAAGGAGCCUAUUGAAAGGACCCCUGCAUCACACCAUAAAAGGAACAGCUGCAGUAGUCUCCUGGAGGAGAGCAAAGUUCAUGAUUCUCAAUAUGAAUCUUCCCCAAAGGACGAUGUUGCCUUUCUUCGCAAUGUGGACUCGAGCAAUUUAUGCGGGGUCAAGAUGAAUAAUGGCAGUACUCAGCGCAAUAUGGACCACUGUCACGUAUCGUCAUCCCAAAAUCUGACAUUAAAAGUUCCAAGUCCGUUACCUAUCGUUGAAUCUGAGGCGAAAAAAACUUCGUUACCGCGUAAAAAGCAAACCGUCGCGGAAUUGAGCCAGAAAAUCUUGACUACUCGCGAGAGGAUCAAGCAGGAGACAAUUGCCUGGAAAAAGAAACUUCUUUAUAGCUUGGAAGCUAUAUUUAUCAAAAAAUUACGAAAACUUGAGAAGGAAACCGGUGAGAAAGCCGAAAUUUCCAUUGAAGAAGCAAUGACUAAGGAGGAGUCGAAAGAGAAGAAAAAUGGAACCAAAGAGAAACGACAAAUCCAUGGUGAAAAGGAGAAGAUCUCUGAACCAUGUUACAAGCAAACUACGAAAAAGAAACUGUAA